AUGGAUGUCAUCUACAAGGAGGGGAUGCUGUACCUUCAGGGGGUCAAGUUUGGAAUACUAUAUGAUGUGGAAUUUAACUUUUCCCAUUUCCCCCUCUGUCAUCUACAACAGAAAACAUGGCGCAAAAUAUGGUUGGUACUUUUUAAACCCAGUUCUACAGGAGUCGGCCGACUGGAGUUCUAUACUGUAAUUGACAGCAAUGCUGACCCGAAGAAGGCCAGCCGGCUGAGAACACCAGAGAGAAAGGUUGUGCGGCUAAGUGACUGCCUCAGUGUCACCCCUGCUCCUAAGGAGUCUUGCCCCUCGAGAUGCACUGCCUUCUACUUGAACACCACACAGUGCACUUACACCUUUGCCUCCAUGACAAACCAGGAUUGGCUGAGUGCCCUCUCUCUUCUAGCCUUCCAGAAGGAUCCUGGAGAGUCAGACAAAGGGGGUUUCGAGAGAGGAAAUGGCUUGACCAUGGAGGACAAUGAUCUUUACUCAUCUUGGAAAACCGAGCGGACACUUCCUCCAAACCAGUACCAAGUGACUGUCCAGAGCACAAAGGCAUCAUGGAGGUGCAAGUUGGUCGGGGAUUAUCUGAUCAGCCCAGAAAGUGAGGCUGUGUCACUGCUCGCCAUCCAGACUGGUCAAACUAUCUACAACUGGCCAUACAAGCUCUUACGCAAAUUUGGACAAGUUGAGGGUGGGUUCAGCAUUGAAGCAGGCCGCCGCUGUGACUCAGGAGAGGGAGUGUUCAUCUUCCUGUCCAAGAACGGUCCCCAGAUCUUUCAGACUAUAUCCAGGCAGUGCUCCAUGGAGAGGAAGUCCUCUAUCCAGGCAUUCAGUGUCCACAGAGGAUCAUCAUGUGACCAGUCUCUUCUCCACCAACUUCCCAAAACCGACCGAGCUGCUGGUCCUCCUGAUUUCAAUCCUGCAGAUACAGAUACAGAAGAUGAAUGUGACAACCACUAUUCAACUAUUACUGAAGCCUCUUUAUUUAAAGUAAUGCAUCCAUCUCUUGUUCAUUGUCGUCUCACUAACAGCAAGGAAGCUUUGGGAAGAGAAAGUGAGGAUGAGGAUGAACGGUGUCAUUCCCUGGAGGCUAUAAGCCUGGAUGAUGACAUGGAUGACAGCAUUUAUUACAAUGUGAGGAGAGCCACACCACCUAUACCUAAAAAACAGUUAUUUCCUGUAAAACAGAAUUCAGAGUGCAUUUAUUCAGACUUGAAACUUGUUGAGGCUCCCUUAGAUCUCCAGCUGCAGCCUUCCUCGUCACCCCUCCCUCCACCUGUGCCACCGCCUCCUCCCUGUAACCUGCCCCUGCCCCAGUCUGUUUCCUACGCUCCACCCAAGCCGGUACGGUACCAACGCCAGCCCCCUGCAAGUAACUACAUCCAGCCAGCGAACAAUACACAGGCGGAGCCAGUGGAUGACAUGAAGGAGAUGGAGGAGGCCACCAGCUUCUCUGCAUGUGCUAACCCCACAGAGGCCCCUGGCAGUUUUAAACACAGGCUGGCAGAAAUCAUUUCUAAGGACUUGGCAAAGUUCCAGCCACCUCUCCCCUCUGGAGUGGGCAGCCCCCCGUUUCCUCAGUAGGCUAUUAGUUA